GCAUCGUUGAUUCGUUGAGUUGACUGAAAGAAAAGAAUGCUCCAACCUCAAUGUUUCAUGUAUCGUGUUGUAUUCUGUGUUUUUAUAAUAAUUAAUUAAUUUAUUGAAAUACUUAUAGAAUUAGUAUUUGCUUACUUCUAAUACCCAUAAUUGUUUUAAUCAACAAUGUGAUAUUCCUACAUUGUUUUGUUAAUUAAGUUUUUAAAAAAUGGCGACUACCACGAAUGGCAACGGAAACCUAGUUGAUGAAUUUGAAGAAGCAUUUCAGUCUUGUCUGAACGUUUUGACGAAAGAAGAGGCGGUGCCGUCGCUAGACAGAGAUGAAAUUAAGGUGGAAGUGGACCACACUCUGCUUCGGUUCAUCGACCUUGCACGUCAGCUGGAGGCUGUCUUCCUUCAGAAACGGUUCCUGCUAUCUGCGCUUAAGCCGGAAAUGAUUGUGAAAGAGGACAUCAGCGACCUACGCGCUGAACUGAUGCGUAAAGAGGAGAUGUUGAAACGUCUCUACGACAAGAUCGCAUCCUGGCAGAGUCUGCUGUCCGACCUGCAGGGCUGGGCCAAGUCACCCGCCCAGGGGGGAGGCCCCACCCCGCCUACUCCGGGAGGCGUGGUCCCGGCCAACGGUGUGCCAGCGCCGCCCCUGGGUGCACCUGGACAGCCACCGCCCAACAUGUUGCAGCAACAGCCCCCGCCCCCGCCCAACAUGUUGCAAGCGCAGCAGAUGCAACAGCAGCAGCAGCAGAUGCAGCAGGUGCAACAGAUGCAGCAGCAGAUGCAGCAACAGAUGCAGCAGCAACAGCAGCAGCAGAUGCAACAGCAGAUGCAGCAACAAAUACAACAACAGGUGCCACCAGGCAUGGGGGGUGGGCCGAUGGGGAUGUCGAGUCAGCAGCAGCAGCAACAGCAGCAGAUGUUCAUGCAGCAGCAGGCGGCUGCGGGGAGGGGAGGGGGAGGUCCGGGUGGGCCAGGGGGACCGGGGGGUAUGUUGCAAGGUCCCCUGCAAGGGCCCCUGGCCUACCUGGAGAAGACCACUUCGAACAUCGGCAUGCCAGAUGGGCGUAGGUGACGCGGGAGGGGGAGGGGAAGAGCUCGUGGGCCGCGCGGCGGCGGCGCGAGGGGUGCGCGUGGCGCGGGGCGGGGAGUCCCUCCUCCCUCAAUCACUGCCCCCGCAGACUAUGCGCCCCAAAUGCCCUAGACACUCUUCCGCUGAGAGCACCGUUCUCCCUCCCCACCAACAGGUUAGUCGCAAGCAAGUCUGGGUUUCAAGCUUUUGAAGGGAUUUGAUGGUUUUUAGGGAGAGUUUGAAGGGAUUUGAUAACAGAUUGAAGGGUUCUAGUGAGAGUUUAAAGGAUUCAGUAACAGUUUAAAGUGGCUUGAAUGGUUUCAAUAAGAGUUUGAAGAGGUUUUAGUAAGAGUUUGAAAGAUUCUGAUUAGGUUUCUAGUGAGAGAUAAAAAAAGUCUUUCCAAUUUUGUGCAGUUGACAUUCAAUAAGUCAUGCUUAAUUUUUUUUAUCGUUUACUUCUUUCACCUACUACAUUUGGAAUCACAUCAAUAAGUUAGAUAUGCUUUACGAUUCAAGAAUACAACAAAUUAGGAGUUUGAAUAAAAAUAUGUUCCUAUUUAGAUGAAACUAAAAAAUAAGUUCUCAUUUGGAUGAAACAUGUACAUUGCAAACGUUCCUGCAAAGCUCUAAAGCUAUAUAAAACCUUCAUCAUUCAUUCUUCAGUAAUGUCAUUAUUCAUUAGUACAUUCUUCAGUAAUGUAGCAUUUAUCUUCCAAACGGUCUUGUGAAACUUUAGAACUAUGAACUAUAGAACCUUACUUGAAUCUAAAUUUUAUUCAAGUAAAUGAAAUGAAGACUCCCUUCAAACAGUCGCAAUAAUCUAUAGUGUUUCAGAUGAUGAGUUUCAAAUUAUGUAAAUAUUAUACCUUACUGUAUUGUAAAUAAAUCUAUAUCUUUAUGAUAAACAAUUCAUAAUUUAAUACUCCAGUUGUUUACCUCAAAUUCAUUCCUUUUUGUAAAUAUCUUGGUCUUCUUGAACCCAGACUUGCGUCCUCAUCAUCAUAUUGCACACUCCCAUUGAGUCUGUAACUUCUGCUAUUGUAAUGUAUACUGCUUGUGCCUAGUAUCAAACUACGAACUAUAAACCAAUGACACUAUUAAACUUACCAUACUGCGAGUGAACUUAUUACGAUAGAACUAUGAUAUUAUCAAACUACUGUAAUUAUCAACUUGUUCUAUGCACUACAAGAAACAUAAGAAGAACUUUAUGAUACUGGUACUUGAAAGAACAGUUUUGUGCUGAGCCAGUUGUGAACUACCUUUUCCAAAAAGUUUACGAUUUGUGUACUAUUAUCAAAUUAUUAUGUGUAGUAUUGGAUGAAUAAAUCAGUACCUAAUAAAACAAGUUGUAAAUCA